AUGGGGCGCCGCCCUCGUCAAAGCGGCCAUCGCCAGGGCCAAUAUCCCCUUCGUAGAGUUGUCCCAAACCACUCUUGGUCGCCUCCUGCUCUGCCUCAACACCCGAGUUUCGAAACGCCGUCUACUAGUCCAGUCCAGCCGCAUGAACAAUCGUGGCUGGCGCCUGAGGCCUAUGUUGCGUCUCAAACCGAGCAUCGGCCGGAACCUGUCAGCCCAGUGAGUGCCCGUUCGACUCUGUCCCACUCGAGCGGUUCCAAUUCUGCCCGUACGACGAGCUACACUUCGGCCAUUGCAUAUGCUCGACAUCUGUCACCUGACGCAAAUACGCCCACGAGCUCGGGUAUACUCAACCAGCAGAAUGUGUGGAAUGGCCGACAGGUGCAAGAUAGUCAUGGAUGGUCUCGAAACGGCCAAAUUGGCGCAUCCUCCAGUGCAUCGGAUACAGAUGUCCAAAUGACAGGAAUCACAGAAGCCGUCUUGGGGAUUGACGUUCGUUCGUUGGCCAGUUAUUCUCCAGAUUAUCUCCAAAGACCCCAGUUUGUUUCUGAGAGGAGCUCAUCGCCGUCCAACCAUCGCAGGCAGCGGCCUACGACUGAGCCAUGGAGUACUUUGCCGUUGCCGCUUGCAGAUGGAAGACACGAUGGCAACACGGACACCCACGCCGCCGAUGCGAUGGAUAUUUUCUCAGAGGUCACACGCUCACCAACCGGGCGAGAAAGGCCGAGAGGUAGAACACGCCCUCUUUCUCCGGAAGAGAGAAAACAUGCCAUGAAUGUCCGAAAGGAGGGUGCGUGUCUCCGCUGCACUAUCAUGAAGGAAAAGUGCGAUACAAUGUUCCCAUGCAAAACGUGCUUGACCAAGGAGCGGCGGAAGAUCCCCAAGCAAUGUAUUCGAGCGCGAUUUGACUGGAAAGAGUGUAAAUCCAUAAUGUUUCCUGAUGAGUUGACACGCAAGUUGGAGAAUAAAAACGUUUCUCGCUAUCUCGGCAACUCGGUUUUCAUGUAUCCACCGCGAGAGCCGUUUGAAAUUGUCCUGGACAUGGACAUUGGUGACAACAGUGAGUACAGUGACUACAUCAAGGUCCGGGUCAGGGAAUUCGACCCGCUAGACCACCCAGAACUGCACCACGCACAUGUCGCGGCUGCGGAUUAUGAUGGCUCUAAGCCCUACAAAGAGUGUGCAGUAUGGAAUCCACCGAUCAUCAUGGACGUCACUGAAGGGAGUUGGCAAAAGGAGAUCUGGAAACUGCAGCGGGGAAUUCCCUUGCGAUUCGACAAAGUUCUGGGCAACCCACACAGCUGGACCGCCUGGACGAUCAAGUAUUUCACGGACCCUCAAGAAGAUUUCCAGACCACCAUUUUGGAAAUGAUUGGACACUACUACCGCAAGGACAUACCGGAACAUGGGAUUAUCAAGACGGCAUUGAGUCUAUUGUGGUUCGAGAAUCUCCUCCUCAAAAAGUUUACAAUACCUCCCGAAGCCGUUCCGGAACUGGAAGAACAUCUGGAAUCGCAGCGGCCGCCAGCGAUUCCGAACGACGCUUUCGUUAUCCCGGCCACCAUCAAUCGGUUCCUUAAGGCGAUUAUAGUGCAGAUGGCGAUCGACGCGGCGCGGCAAGUCACAGAAGUCCUUCAUGACAUGCUGUUUAAGAUGGCUGUCUCGCAGAAACUUCCGACAGGUCAAACUGACAUUGCUCUGUGCGUGGCAUUUAUGAUUCUCAUGUUUGUCGGUCGGGUUCAAUGGACACUGGUGGUCCUGGCUGACUCUCGACCCGCCGAAUCGGGCACCGAAUAUCGGUUGCAAGAUGCUGAAGCCAGAAUUCGGGCCAUGGAGGAGUCGGUUUGUGACUAUCUCGUCGCAUUCCACAAAUAUACAUUGAGCAGGAAAUCGCCAUCCAAAACAGCCGAAGCGCCGGCAAAAGGCUACAAGAACAACAGCGCAAGUUCGGAUAUGAAUAACACGGCGUGUGAGAGUCACGCACAACAAUUCGACCUGGUAGGCAAGCUACGACGGGAGGUCGAAACGGAUUACGCUUCUGAACGACCGCAAAAUCUUGAAUUAGGCCGGAUCGACCUCCGGACGUUCCCAUACACGAAUGUUGGCCGGUUGUGCUGGAAAUUGUUCCGCAAUAUCGAAUCUGACACCGCCUGUGACUGA